UUCAGGAGCAGAUCGGCUGCAUGACUCCAGCCGUUCAAUGGCUACAGGGCAGCGUGCCCACCUCAGACGCGCAAGAAAUGGGUUAACGUCACCAGCGGAAGAGAUUUACAGAAAGCAACCGAACAGUUGUUUUUCAACCAAAAGAGGAUUUGGUUUAUAGAAUGCUUACCAAUUUGACUGGGUGCAUUCGGCAAGGACUUUAAAUGCAACACACCCUUGGGCGCGUGGCGGAGGACGUCUUUUAUGCACGAGACGAGCGCGAGACAGGGGAAUUUCAGAAAGGAUCACCGAAAUGCUUGAACUUUAAAAACACGACGAUGGCUUUGGAGCAAUUGACCUGAUGGAUUUUCACAAAACUCUGCUUCGGUGGGAAUGGGGCUGUCACAUGCCAACAGGACCGGUAACUGGGUCAAUUGAAAAUGUCAUUAUUUUCUUGAUACCGUCAGAUUUAAUGUUUUGUUAAGAUAUAGUACAUAUGAGACCAAACACUUCUGUAACUCUGUACGUGCACAUUUCGCAACACCUGCAUUUCAGCACCCUGAGACUUCGACAAUAACAGAACACAGUCUUUGAGGAGGGUGAAGAUGCCUUUUCACCAUGUGAGAGCAGGACUGCUCUACACAGACAACUUUCUGAGCACCUCUCUCUCUGAAACCAGUGAAGAGCAGCUCGCCAACAUCUCCACUGAAGAACUUGGUGAGAUCAGAGAAGCUUUUCGUGUUCUAGACCGGGAUGGGAAUGGAUUCAUCUCUAAGCAGGAGCUGGGUAUGGCCAUGCGCUCUCUGGGGUACAUGCCCAGUGAGGUGGAGCUGGCUAUUAUCAUGCAGAGACUGGACAUGGAUGGUGACGGACAGGUGGACUUUGAUGAAUUCAUGACAAUAUUGGGACCCAAACUCCUUUCUUCUGAAACCAGGGAGGGCUUCCUGGGCAGUACAAUAGACAGCAUAUUCUGGCAGUUUGACAUGCAACAGAUGUCCCUGGAGGAGCUCAAACACGUCCUGUUCCAUGCCUUCAGAGACCAUCUUACCAUGAAGGACAUCGAGAACAUUAUUGUCACAGAGGAGGAGAGUUUGAAGGAGAACUCAGGAAACUGCCAGACUGAAUAUCAGGGAGUGCAUUCUAAAAAGAAGAACCGUCAGACGUGUGUCCGCAAGAGCCUCAUCUGUGCUUUUGCAAUGGCCUUCAUCAUCAGCGUCAUGUUAAUCGCUGCCAAUCAGAUGUUGCGAAAUGGCAUGGAGUAGCCCCACGCACUGUGAAUCCUGGGUGAUCUGACCUCUGCUGGACUGUACCCUCUUACUAAACAAACAUCAGACUAUAAAGCCCAAGAACACGUUCCUGUUUCUUUAUUGCACAGUAUGUGAUUGAUGGAAACAGCAGUGAAGGAUUUCCUCCACCAUCAGUUUAAAAGCAACAUGCAAGGGCUGCUCUUCGGAUACCAUUUAAUGCAAUAACAUCCCGUGCCCCUCUGCGCUGUGAUUUUCUCAUUCUCCCAGACGUAUCGACUUGUCUUUGUACUUUAUCUCAAUCCAAAGUGUGUCAGAUGGAAUGAUGAGGAGUACAGUGAUUGGCAGCCUUGCCAACAGAGCCACCACAGGAUGUCUGGCAUCGCGUCUGUGUGCAUGAGAGUCUGUCCAUAUUCAUCUUAAAGCGAUAGUUCACCCCAAAAAUUUACACACCCUUAUGUAAUUCCAAACUUAUAUGACAUUCUUUUUCUGUGGAACGGAAGAGAUAUUUUGAUUAAUGUUGGUAACCAAGCAACUAUGGACCCCAUUGAAUUACAUUGUAUGGAUACAAAACCACAGAGACAUUUCUCAAAAUAUCUUCUAUGUUCAAGAGAAGAAACUCAUACAGAUUUUGAAGGACAUAUGUAACGGUAAUAAAUGAUGACAGAAUGUUUGGGUUAACUGACUUUUAAGUAAACUGUCCAUUCCUUGCUAAGCAUUUCUCUGUAUUUAUGGAAUUUGUUGAAGGUUUAACGUUUAAAGGUGAUUCUCAAAAUAAUUUAAGAUUAAGUCAUUUCUCAUAUACCAGUUAAACAUGCAAAUGUACACUUUUUGUGGCAUUAUAAAAACCAGCCAACCAACUAGCUUGACAAAGCAACGUUGGCUCAACCAAUGGCGUAAGUGUGGGUGGGGUUAUCUUUUGGCCGACCAGUAGCAGCUGUGGUUUGGAAAACCUGUUUUUUUUCCGUUCCAUUUGGUGCUACAAGUGGCACAGACAGUAAAAUAGAAGUAAACUAAAGAAAAUACAAGUAUUGCAAGGGACCCU